CUCCCUGCUCCCAAGGAAGAUCUUCCAGCAAACAGAGCUGCUGCUCAGACUGGUCUGUCUUCACCCCCAGCAAAGAGGGAGGCAGGAUGCAACCUGGGCUUUGGCUGGCAACCAGCACCCUGGCAGCAGUGCUGGGCCUGGCCCUGCUGGAGGAUGACGUGUGUCGGGCACCAGAUGGAAAGAACGGCUUCCCGGGAGUCCCUGGCCUCAAUGGGAGGCCAGGGCAGAAGGGUGACGUGGGAGAUCCAGGGAAACCAUCACAGAAGACGGGCAUCAAGGGACUCAAGGGGGAUGCAGGCGAGCAGGGGCCUCCUGGCGACCCAGGAGCCCAGGGCUACCCUGGCCUGAGUGGCUUCCCCGGGUUGCCAGGAAUGAAGGGGCUAAAGGGGCCCAAGGGGAAAGCUGGCAAUAUCCUGGAUCAUCCGCGUCCUGCCUUCUCCGCUUCGCGGAGGUCCCCACCCUCCAAUGGCAAGACAGUCGUGUUCGACAACAUCAUCACCAACCAGGAGAGCUCCUACAAUCCCCAGACCGGGGAGUUCACCUGCCGCGUCCCCGGGCUGUACUACUUCGCCUUCCAGGUGAUCUCCAGUGGGGACCUCUGCCUGACCAUCACCAAGAACAGGGAGCGCGUGGUCAGCUUCUGUGAUUACAACAGCCGUGACAUCCUGCAGGUCAACUCGGGCAGCAGUGUGCUCAGCCUGGCCGUGGGUGACCUGGUCUCCGUGAGCACUGACUCUGCCAGGGGCAACACGAUUUACAGCGGCUCUGAGGCUGACAGUGUCUUCAGCGGCUUCAUGAUCUUCCCUCAGAUGGCCUAUGUGUGUCCUUUUUCUGAUGAGUCCAAGCUAGCUGUCCUGUACAAGGGUCAAUACAGGCAGCAGAUCAUGCACCUCAUCCACACGGUCCUCUUCUGGAGGGUUUCACGGAGAGUCAUCCACACUGUGCUGUGCCGGCAGGCAGUGCCCACAGCAUCCAGAGGGCUCAGCAGCGCAGGUUCCCGUGCUCUGCUCCCCUCACCAGAGAGCACCAAAAUGGGGCAGAGCUUCUGGGAGCAGCUCCAUCUGGGUCUCGCCCUCCUACUCCUGAAUGCGGGGUCUGCUGUGAAUGGAGAUGUCACUCAUGGAUGCUAUGGGGUUCCAGGCCUGCCAGGUAUGCCGGGCGUGCCAGGCAAGGAUGGCCGGGAUGGGCUGAAGGGAGCCAAAGGAGAGCCAGGCAUCCCAGGAGGUCCUGCAACACGAGGGCCCAAGGGCAUGAAAGGGGAACCAGGCAGCCCUGGCUUGCCAGGCAAGACUGGUCCCAGGGGUCUCCCUGGUCCCAAUGGAGACCCUGGGAUGACGGGCAUGACGGGAGAGCCGGGUAUGCCAGGCAGCUACAAGCAGAAGCACCAGUCAGCAUUUUCAGUGACGAGGCAGACUGGCGAGCACCCCUUGAAGAACGUCCCCGUGGUGUUCAACCACGUCAUCACCAACACCAACCAUGACUACAACACCACCACGGGCAAGUUCACCUGCAACAUCCCUGGCCUCUACUACUUUGUGUUCCACACCUCGCAGACAGCCAACCUCUGCAUCAUCCUGUACAAGAACGGGAGCAAGAUGGCCAGCUUCUGUGACCACAAGACCAACACCAUGCAGGUCAGCUCUGGUGGGAUCAUCCUCCACGUGGAUGCUGGGAACGAGGUCUGGCUGGCGGUGAAUGACUACAACGGCAUGGUGGGCAUCGGCAGCUCUGACAGUGUCUUCUCAGGGUUCCUGCUCUUCCCCGACUAGAGGACCACCAGACCCCACGCCAGCACACCAACCUCUUCACCCUGCCCUGCAAACCCUGCUGCUCACUGCCAGGCUGUUGUGACGCUCCAGGUUUCUCUGCUGGGUGGGAAGCCCCAGCGAAGGAGUCAGCCCCAGCCACCAGACACAACCCCCUGGCCUGGGGACUGAGUGUAGGCAGCCACUGAACAGGGGGAAUAGGCACAUCUGGAUGCAUCUCCACCCAGAGUGAUGGUGCCAAGCCCCUGGGGUCCCGCUGGCACUGCCACGUGCAUCCACCAUGAUAACCCCACACUACCUUCUGCUGCCAGAGACAGAGGUCUCUCUGUAUCUCUCCCCUUCCCACCUGGGUUGCACC